GGAUGCUGCCUCGUUGGGUUCAGACAACAGACGCGGAGCUGCAGAAGAACCGGGCGGACUGACGGACACACCGACACCGACACCAGGAUCUACCGGGCACCGAGCUACCGGGGCCGGGCCGAACCUCCCGCCGGGCCGAACCUCCUCCCCGUCGGUGUGAUUCUCCGGUGAGCCCCGGGGCGGCGGAGCGGAGGGAGGAUGAAGAAAAGCAACCAGAGCAGACGGGGCGUGCAGGACUCCAGUCAGCCGUCCGUCCAGCAGCCGGAGAAGUCGGGCUGGAUCAGAAAGUUCUGCGGCCGCGGGAUCUUCAGGGAGCUGUGGAGGAACCGGUUUGUGAUCCUGAGAGGAGACCAGCUCUACAUCUCUGACAAGGAGGUGAAAGACGAGCGUAAAGCGCAGGAAGUGUUCGACCUGGCGGACUACGAGCGCUCGGAGGAGCUGAGGAAAGCAAAGAGUCGCAGCAAGAAAAACCACAGUCGCUUCACGCUGCUGCGCUGCCGACAGCCGGGGAACACCGUUCCUAACCUUGUGUUUCUGGCGGUGAGUCCUGAGGAAAAGGAAUCCUGGGUCAACGCCCUCAAUGUGGCCAUCAUCAAAGCCAAGAACCGCAUCUUAGACGAGGUGACCAUCGAGGAGGAAGGUGCAUUGGUUCAUCCCACCAGAGACCGAGCAAAGAUCCCUCAUGGCCGCCGGCUGCCGACUAGAGGACACCUCAUAGCCGUGGCGUCCACCUCGUCCCACGGCAUGCUGACCCUCGACCUGGUUGCUGAGGAGGAUGGUUUCUCCCCGGACUACGAUGGCGACUUCCGGGAAUCCUGGGAAGUCGACCUACCGAGGGGGGGUUCGUGUGGACAAGUGGCGGCUGUUGGGUCUUGGGCGGUCGGAGUUCGUCAGCGAGCCGGCACUGAUGUGUCAAAGCUGCGGGUGAUCUCCAAGGAGCCCAAGGUGAAGACCAGCAGUCUGCCCAGGGGGAGUGAGCUUUCCUGGGGCAAACAGUCCCACCAGGAGGCCUCCAAAGUCCACAAGACCCAGCAGGUGCAGGUCCUUCAGGCUCAGUGUCGAACACCACAGCCAGGGAAGAGGUUCAGCAUGCAGGGCCGGGGUCGCUGUGCCUCCAUGGAUGAGGUCCUCUCCUCCAGACCGGCGAUGAUUCGCUCCGAGUUUCGCUCGGCUCUCCGGCGCUGUCCGACCGAAGAGGAGGCCGGGGGCGAGGUUUCAGUGCAGCCGGUCGGGCAGCUGCAGAGCCUCAUCGCGCAGAGGAUGCAGAGAGCUCAGGAGCUGCUGGAGGAGAUGAGGCUGCAGGAGCUGCAGAAAGCCAAAGCAGAGAGAGAACGAGGAGACAGCUCGCCGUACCUGAAGAGCAUCGACUCCCCUCGCCUCCACCACCUCCGGGGCUCAGACUCCCCUCACUCCAGCAGGUCGUCUGGAUCUCCAAGGAGCCGGAGCAGCGACUCUCCUCGCCUCCGGGGAAAAGACUCUCCUCGUCUGAGAGGACGAGAGUCUCCUCGAUCCAAAGCCAAGAAGAAUCGCUCCAAAGGGACCGACUCGCCUCGCUCUAGAGGAUCCCAUUCGCCUGCCGCAAAAGCAAACGACUCUCCUCGACUGAAAGAUUCACCGCGUCUGACCGCAGACGCAACCCGCUCACCAGAACUUGAGAGGUCAUCGAGCUCCUCGUGUCCCAACAAGGAGGACGACUCUCCUGUGCAGAAGUCACCUGAAUCCCCGCCGAGCAUCACAGGAUCCGACUCCUCUCAGGUUAAAGGAUCCGAUUCACCACGAGGGAGCGACUCCCCUCGCCUGGGGAGCAGCCAGGAGUCGCCCUGUCCGAGUCAGAAGAGCCUUUCUGGAUCCUCCGAGUCCCCGCCGCCCAAAACCCCCGACAAACAGUCUCUGGCUCCGCCCUCCACGCCUCCCUCUCUGGAAGAUGACAUGGAGGUGGAGAGCAGGCGUGAAGAGGCCGAGCGCCUCCUGGAAGAAGCCGUGUGCUCCUGGAAGGAGGCGCAGGAGAUCCUACAGGAGGUGAAGGAGCUGCAGAGCCAGACGCUGCGGCGGCAGCGCCGGAAGACCUACGAGAAGAUGACGUCAGCGGCGGCCUGGUUGCCAAAAGCGGAGGCUGCAGCGGAUGAGGACGACGCACCCACCUCACCGACGUCCCCCGAGGAUGACGAGUCCGAGACACCUUGAUAAACUUUCUUACAAAAUAUUAAUUGAAUUGAAUUUUCUCAAUGAAAGUAGCAGCGACUUUCAGCACACGAGAAAGAGCAGAUGGGAUUUGCAUAAUUUGGAGAUUUUUUUAUUCUAUUCCUCAAAUGUUUUUCAUCUUUUGAUCCAGGGAUGUGAUGCACGUUAAGCAAAAUGUGGAUUAUUUUGAAACCAGCGAUACAGUUCUUCCCAGGAGGUUAGAAGGACUUUAAUCCUCCACACUGCACUAGACUGUCAGCCGGCAGACGCCGGCUCACUUCUUCCUGUUUACUCUCAAAGUCUCUGCGACAGAUGUGUCACAUUUAAUUUGAGUAAAUACAAUUUUAACGGAGAAGCUCUCCUCUGAUGGUGCUGCACGUUUUCUCUUCUUGUGUGAAAGUUUCUCUGUUGUUUCAAACACAAGGUCUUCCCCGUCAGAGAUAUUCAGGUUUUAGGAAGAUGGAAAAAGAAAAGACAGUUGUUUUCAAAGAUGUCAACAUUUAUACAAUAGGGAACUUUUUUAAAUAUGACAAAAACACGAAGGCACUAUGUUUCCUACGGGCACUGACUAUUAAGAAUUUAAACACCCGAUUUAUUUGCUAAUAUAUAUAUUAUGUCUUCUUGUGUGACGAUUAUGUUAAAACAAUCUUAUAUUUAGUUGUAGCCCCGUUAUAAUAAAAUGUCCACAGUUUCAACCAGCGACGAGAAUAAUCAGGGAGUUAGUGUUUUACACCGUGAAGAGAGAAGAAGCAAUAAUGUCAAUAAGAAACAAAGAAUCGUUUCUCUCUCACUGUCACCUGCUCACUGUGCAACAUGGACCGUCUCCGACAGGAAACCACUUCCAGAUUUGUUGAGACAUUUACAAGUCAGUAAGAAAGGACUCAAAUGAAAACCAUUAAUCCAGCUGAUUAUUAAAGCUAACGUUGUGCUUUAAUGCUGCGUUUUACUAUUUCAGCUUUUACAGAAGUUUGUACGAUAAGUAUCCGACUGUAACCCAACGCAUUGACACGCAGGGAUUCUUUUUAUUACAGCAUCGCAUAAAGAAAUGUUUGUAAAGAAUUACGGCCAAGCGCUCGACGGAAGGAGACUUUCACUUACGACGAAACUUACGAAAAGCACGUGACGAAAUGUUCGUGUUGGUGAUGUAAUUUAUGUGUUACGGACUUAAAUUAGGAAAUGUUCGUAUUAUGGAUUUAUACGAUGGUAUUUACGUGUUGCUAAGAUACAUGACAGAAACUACGUAUUACAGAUUUAAAUAUUGCAAUGUACGUGUUACAGACAUAGAUUAUAACAUUUGUGCUGCUACACGAACAACUGUACGUAUUAUUGAGUUUAGCCAACAGACACGAUGAUCAGAUUUAAAUUAGCUAAAAUUCAUGUUAAAACGUACGUGUUACGAACUUAUAUGAUGAAAACAUACGUGUCGGUAACAUUCACGAAUACAUUUACGUGUUACGGAGUUAAAUUAGGAAAUUUUAUGUGACCAACAAUCCAUAGCGUAUUUAUAGCGUACGUGAUAAAAUGUACGUGACGACGUGUUACGGAGUUAUAUUUAAGGAAAGUGUUAUACACUUAUGAAAUGAAACUUAUGUGUUGCAUAACUAAACAAAGGAUUAGAAGUCGCACACACGAGCAGAUGAUGAAUAUUAUAAGAAUCCCUUCGAUUCGUGAAGUGAAAUGUUUUAAACUGUAAGUGUCAGCGCCCUCUGGUGGACAAAUGCCAAAUGACCACAAACAUCUCUCGCACGUACGCCAAUAUCUGCAAUUAAGAAAAUGCCGUCACUACUGUAAGACACGUUUAUAGUAUUCAUAUAUAUAUUAGUUAAUUGGCAUAAAAUAAAUCACAUCACAAUUACACAACAACGUUUUCUCUAUUAAAAAAUGCACUUUUUGGAAGUACGGAUGAGACGCAGAGCUGCCAACGUGUCCAACGUUUCCAACGUUUCAAUCGUUUCCAACGUUUUCUACUGAUCGAAUAUCAGAAAUCACUUUGUGUGUUGGUUGUUGCAACUGUAACUUUAAUUAUGCACAAUUAAUUUAUCUCUGACUUUCUGUUUGUCGUCACAAUGUUUGAACUUUUUUCCGGUUUGAGUGUUUUUGCACAUUUGUAAAGGUUCUCCAGAGAACUCGUAGAAGGCACGGACACUGAGCAGUUAUUUGUUAUUUAUUAACACGUUAAUUCAAAUGAUGUUGGUGAACAGAUGGAAAGGACAUUCAUUCAGAAUCCACUUUGUUAAAAGAUGAAAACAUUUUAAAUGUUUUUCUGCUCAUUUUAUUUAUCUAAAGAUUUAUUAGUUGUUUUUUGAAUGUUUGAAUUACUGUACACGGCAAUGCAUUGUGGGUAAAUGGAGCCAAAAAAACACUUUUAUUUCCUGUUUCCAGACCUCGUCUUCACAAGCUAAAGAAAAUAAGCCAAUGAAGUAGUAAUAUUAUUUCACCUGCUCUUUAAUAUUCUUUUUAUUGAUUCCAGUUCUUUAAUAUUCUGUGAUGAAACAUUUAUAGAAGUUUGUUUGAAUAAAAAUACAUCUUGAAAUC